GCAGAUAAGAAAUUCUUUCGGUGACAGUUAAUGAAAUCAGUCCUAUUUAUUCCACUUUACUGCUUUGUUACAAGAAAAGAUGAAAAAUAAAAAAAUGUUGAAACUUUAUUUUUUGUGUUUUGUUUUUAUUCAAAUAAAUGCACAAACCACGGAAAAUAGUACGGAAACUACCACGCAAACUAUCACGGAAACUACCACGGGAAAUUACACGGAAACUACCACGGAAAUAAUAUCAUUGCUCAUUAAGAAUCCGGAACGUCCACUGUAUUUAAUUCCAGGAAAACUUAGUGUUGGAAGCAAGAUUGAAAUAUUUGGUCAAAUGCUUCGUCCAUACAUAAAUAACUUUGAGAUUAGCUUAUCUGAUUCUAGCAAUAGGAAUGAGCAUGACAUAAUAUUCCAUAUGUCCGUUCGUAUUAACGAAAAUGUCAUUGUUCGAAACCUCUUGAAAAAUAGAUUAUGGGGUGCAGAAGAAAGUAAUGAUGGAAUUCCAUUUCAAAGCGGUGACGAAUUUAAAAUGGUUAUUUUGAUUAAACGGGACACUUUCGAGGUUGACAUAAACGACAGUCAAUUCUGUGACUUUGUGCAUCGUCUUCCAUUGGAAUCCGCAAAAUAUUUGCACAUCGAAGGUGAUGCUAAAAUUUAUAGUGUCGAAAUUCAAAUUAACCAUCCAAAACAACCGGAAUAAGAAUCAACUGAAGCACAUAUUUUUUAUCAAAUCACGUCACCAAACAUCACGCGCUUGAGUUCUAAAUAUACGAAUGCUCAUAGGUUUAAUAAAAAACUGUUAUCUGCUAUUAUUCAAAAGAUUAAAAAAAUACAAAAAAAAAUGCUUAAACAUA